CGCUGCAUUUCCACUAAAGGGCAGUGAGUCAGUGACCCGUCGUCCCCAUUCGACUCUUUAACAACGCCAAAAUCACCAGAAAAACUGCGAGCAUUGUCUGGAUUUGGGAGUGGGACUGAUUUAGGGCAACAUGGGGGCUCCAUUAUCGCCAUUGCUGGUGUUCUUGCUGCUCAUUUCGAGCACCUUUGGUCGGACAUUUCAUGGUUCCGACACGUUCAGCAGACGCAGCUUGCUCGGAAAUGGCCUCGCAGUCACUCCUCAAAUGGGGUGGAAUAGUUGGAAUCACUUUGGCUGCAAUAUUGAUGAAAAAAUCAUAAAAGAAACAGCCGAUGCUAUCGUCGCAACAGGUCUAUCGAAGCUCGGUUACGAAUACGUCAACAUUGAUGAUUGUUGGGCUGAACCUAACCGCGACGAAAAGGGCUCUUUUGUUGCUAAGAAAUCGACGUUUCCAUCCGGGAUUAAGGCUGUGGCUGACUAUGUUCACAAAAAGGGGCUUAAGCUUGGAAUUUACUCGGAUGCUGGCUUUUACACUUGUAGCAAAAAGAUGCCCGGCUCACUUGGGCACGAGGAGCACGAUGCCAAAACUUUUGCCGAAUGGGGCAUUGAUUAUUUGAAGUACGACAACUGCAACACCGAUGGAUCGAAACCGACUCUUAGGUAUCCGGUGAUGACUCGAGCUUUGAUGAAAGCCGGUCGACCCAUCUUUUUCUCGUUGUGUGAAUGGGGAGAUAUGCACCCGGCUACGUGGGGAUUUCCUGUAGGGAACAGCUGGAGAACAACCAACGACAUUUCGGAUAAUUGGGACAGCAUGGUCUCGAGAAUAGAUCAGAAUGAUGUCUUUGCUGAUUACGCGAGGCCCGGUGGCUGGAACGAUCCCGAUAUGCUUGAGGUCGGGAACGGGGGAAUGACUCGUGACGAGUACGUUGCACAUUUUAGCUUGUGGGCUCUAUCCAAGGCCCCUCUUAUAGUCGGGUGCGAUGUGAGGAACAUGACGAAGGAAACGAAGGACAUUAUCAUGAAUAAAGAAGUGAUCGAAGUGAACCAGGACAAACUGGGCGUUCAAGCGAAGAAGGUUAGAAUGGAGGGCGAUCUCGAGGUAUGGGCAGGGCCACUUUCCGGGUACAGAGUGGUGGUGCUGCUCUUCAACCGGGCAGCGCUCGUCCGCAACCCGAUCACUGCUUACUGGGACGACAUUGGAAUCCCUCCGAAGAGCACGGUAGUCGCGAGAGAUCUCUGGGAGCACAAGACAUUGGAGCAGAAAUUUACGGGGAACAUUACGGCGACGCUUGCGCCGCAUUCCUGCAAGAUGUACAUUCUAAAACCAGUUUCUUGAAGGGUGGAUGGAUGGGAUUGAUAUUGAAUUAUGGUGAUAACUGAUAAUGAAAUCAAUAAAUGAAACAAUUUUGUUGGUUUUUGCUAA